AAAAAAUUUCGAGCGUCGAUCCUUCCUCCAUCACCGUUUCAAUUUAGGUCAAUAUAUUUUCUCCUUCAGCACACACACGAACCAUGGGUCUCUCAGGGCGCAAAGUUAAACAACGAAUUUCUGCCGACCCACGAAAUCUUUCUUGGGCGGACGAUGCCUCAAAAUUCGGCGCGACUUAUCUCUCCAAAUUCGGUUGGUCCUCCUCACAGGGCCUCGGUGUGUCAGGGGAGGGUCGGACAUCUCAUAUCAAGGUGUCGCAGAAGCUCGACAUGAUGGGAAUUGGCGCCGCCCACCAGAAAGAUCCCAAUGGCAUCGCGUGGAAGCAGAAUAGGGACUUUGAGAAUGUCUUGAUGAGACUUAAUGCUGCACAGGGGGGUGGUGAGGAUGUAGAGGAGCAGUUUGCACUGGCUGGGCAGUUUAUUUCAGAGAGCAAGGUCACAGACGACGGUGGUUCCAACGAGAAGAAGACGAAGAAGAAGGAAAAGAAUGAGAAAAAGAGGCAGCGAGAGGAAAAGGGCGAUGAGGAAAGCAAGAAGAAGGCGAAGAAGGCGAAAGCAGAGCCUGCUGAUGCAGUAGAGGAAUCCGUCGUCCCUGCUGCGAAGCCUCUGGCUCAACGGGCCCUUCCCCGUCAUCUAACUCACCGCGCCCGUGCUAUCGCAGCCAAAAACCGUGCCGCCAUCUCCGAAACGGCCAUGUCUGAAAUUCUUGGGAUAUCUCAGUCUGCUACUCCCCAGCUAUCGACGCCGGUGGAAGGAGAGGAACCACCAACUCUAGAAACGCUGACGGUUUCAACUAAGAGCGUGGCGGAUUACUUCAAGGAGCGACUACUGUCGAAAUCCGGCAAAUCAACGCCUGCUGAAUGGACUGACGAAGAGAAGGCAUCUCGUGGAGGAUCAUCGCAAUUCACUUCAGCGUCUGGCAAACCUACCCCUGCAGAACUCGAACCGCCGAAUCGGACCGAUGAAGAUGACCUCCAUCGUGGGGGUAUCGGAUCAUUCAAAGCUCGACCAACCUCCGACGGUGAUGAUGCCCCACGCAUCGGUAUUGGCAUGUCGAAAUUCUCCUCAUUGAUAUCGUCUUCAUUCCUCGCCGCCACAUCAACAUCAGUGCUCUCAUCAACGCCUCUCGAUGGUGAUGGAGGGGCCGAACCAGAGUCCAUGCGCACCGUCAAGGAAAAGAAGCGGAAGGACAGGCAGGAUAAACAAGAUGGGGAUAAAGGGGGAAUUCACAGAAUGGAGAUGGAGUCAGAAGGUGGUGAUGACAAGAAGGUGGAGAAGAAAAGGCGGAAGGAGGCGAAGAAGAGAAAGCAGGAGGAGGAUGUCGGUCCGGCUCCCGACGCUGAUGUGUCGGCUGAUAAGAAAUUGGAGAAGAAAAUGCGGAAAGUGGUCAAGAAUGAACAGCUGGAACACGGCGGCCCGGCUCUCGAGAACAAGUGUGAGGUAAAGCUGAGCAAGGAAGAGCGCAAGCGAGAGAAGGAGAAGAAACGACACGCCAAACUGACGUACUUGCACAAGAUCAUCACGAAUUCAGAAUCCGCCCCAUAA